AACACGCAGCAAUACCUGCGGCACUCCUCAAGAGAAGCUAGCUGAACCGAUUGAUUAAAUUUCCGUACCCGAAGUCAGAAAUCAGUAAAUGUCGACGAGUUGACACGAUUGCAAGCACCGAAACAAAUCGAGUAGAACCAAUUUCGAGAGAACCAACACAAACACAGUAGGAAGCAACGGAUUGAAUCGCACUCCCAAGAAGAAAAGCAGGCACAGGGAAACCAAUUUCCCGACGACAAGUGACGGUGAAAAGAACGGAACCAAAGUUCGAAAAUCUUGUGAAACAGAACAGCGAACACCAUAGUGAACGGAAGCAAAUUCAGAUUAUCUGCCAGAAAGGAAAAUUAUGCUUGAAUGGAAUUCUCCCGAAGCGGUGGUGAAGCCAAUGGUGUCACGGUAUGGAAGAAACGAGAUGGUAGUUAAUUAAUGGUUGAUUCAUACUAAUUAAAAAUUGUACGAAAGUGCUCUAAGAAUGGGAGGAGGAGAACGGUGCACGGUUAAAUAUUUGCGAAGGAAUGAUAAUUUUAAUUAAAAUUAAACUUGUGAUCAACAUAAACUGAUAAGAACGGUAUAAAUAUAUGUUCUACAAAAUUGUUAUCGGUGUGAAGACCAGAAGUUCGUCGCACAAAAACGACAUCGGCCUGAGCAAACAUAGAACGAAGUUCGCCCACAGGAAAAAGAAACUGUCUGUGAUAAUGUACGGGAAAUCGUUCUUUCUAAUUAAUAUUCUGGUAGCUUCCAUCAUGCUCGUACAUAGUCAGCAAGAUGAUGCGGGUGUGAAGGUUACAAAACUUUGCAAUUUCGAUAAACCUCUAAAAGAUCCAACAGAUGAAGCCGAUGGAAGGUUUUGUGACUGCGAUGUGGAAAACUCUCCUCCAUGGGGAAUCCCAGUCGUAAUAAUCGACUGUCAGGACCAUCAUCUGCAAAAUAACAUGUUUCAAGCGGAGAACCUAACACAAGGCACUGUGAAACUGGAUAUGGCUUACAACAAAUUUACUACAGUCCCUUACUUUGUGGGUGAUAAAUUAAAAUAUCUCAGCUUGCACGACAACGCGAUAACGGAACUAAAAGAUAAGAACUUUGCCAACAUCACCAGUCUACUGGAAUUAGAUUUAAGCGAAAACAAAAUUGACCUUAUCACCAGUGAUGCAUUCGUGGGUUUGACACUGUUGCAAAAACUAAAUCUUGCUGGCAACCGCAUCAAAAUGAUUCAAGUGAAUACGUUUUCAAUUUUCAUACAUUUAGAGCACCUGAUCCUAUCCGGUAACCCUUUGGGUGAGUUCUUCAACUCGUCGGAAAACGACAUUUUUCUGAAACUGGGCGUUACUCCACGACUUGCCACGAUCGAGCUGGCCGAAUGCAAUCUCGUCAAUAUUGACCUCACGAACGGAAUCGGUCUCGACAACAUAAACAUCCGCAUGAACCAAUUGCUGCAAAUUCAGCGGUUACCAAAAGCAGUUUCUCGUCUAGAUAUCAGCGACAAUCCCAUCCGUGUAAUGACUGCUAAAUUUCUACCACACUUGUUCAACCUGAAAACUCUAAUCAUGGAAGAUAUGCCGAACCUGUACAAGUUGGACGAAUACUCGUUGUUUGGAUUGCCAAGGCUAGCUCGUCUGAAUUUGCAAGGCUCUCGCAAUCUGACCAUCUUUGACCCACAUGCAUUCGGGAUAAAUGUUGUUCUCAAUGAAACUGACACUGUACUAGAAGAACUAAUUCUCAAAGGAACAGGAAUUCGAACGCUCAACUCAACUCUUCAGUUUGCUUUCGAGCAUGUCAAAACUUUGGAACUGGCCGGAACCCCACUGAACUGUGACUGUCAGCUCCGUUGGUUGAAGGAACUAAAUGUGACUACCGAUGGGACAACCUGUUUCAAACCUGCAUCCUUGCGAGGUAAACAAUUCAAUGAAAUCCAGAUCGGCCAACUUCAAUGUAGGGUAGAGAAAUCCUGGAUUUACACCGUGUUCAAUGUGAUGCUGGUGAUUCUUCUAAUCGUGCUGAUCAUCGUUGGUGCCUAUCUGGUUUAUAUAGCUAUAAGGCCUAGGCAGCAAGUACAACUGCGAAAAGUAGGUUCCAGCAGUCCCUACGCAAGAGUUACGAUAGAGCCAAACCGGGCGGAAAAUCUUGAUUGAGAUUUCGUUGUUUAAGUCGAAUUUAGAGUCAGAAACUGGACCAAGUAAUGAAGGAGAAAAACUCCGAAUGCCAUCAUUGGAUUAAGCCUAUUUAUGCAUUAAGGGCACUAGACCUUAUUUAAAUUAUGU